AUGCCUCGCCAGUCCGACACAGAUGUCCUCGGGGGACUGCAGGGAUUGAUGUCCUCCAUCUUCGACCAGGCGCAGAAUACGGUGGCGAACCACAAGAAGAACUGCGUACAGCUACACAAACUCCACGAGCAGGUCGCCAAAGUCACGGAGCAGGCGAAGAAUGGACAGGCUGUGAAAUUAGUGGGGGAGCGCGCGUUCACGGACGCGUUUAUCGACAUGGCGAGCCGGGUGGUGGAGAUCAAGAAGGGCCCCCCAGCAGCUGAGAGGGUGGUUAAGUUUCCUGCCGCUGACCGAAUACAUGUGUUGACUGAGACUUCAAGAUACAUGAAGUUUCUAAAUGAGAAGGACACGGAAGAGAGUGGCAUCAGCGCGCGCUUUAUUGUCCGACUGCUCAACUGGCUACUUAUGGGCUUCAACGCGAAGAACAAGGUUACCCGAUGGCGCGUCGUGCAAAUCGUAUCGGAACUCAUAGCACAUCUGGGGGAACUCGAUGAGGACAUGUACACCAAACUACGCUCUGGCCUCCUAGCCCGCGUUUAUGACAAAGAGACCCCCGUCCGCGUCCAAGCCACCAUCGCCCUCGCCAAACUCAUCGGCACAGACGACGCCGACGAUCUCCCUGACGGCGAACCCACCAUUCUCCAAACCCUGAUCGAGGUCCUGACCACCGAUCCCGCCCCCGAGGUCCGCCGCGCUGCCCUCCUCAAUGUGCCCCUCCUCAAUGAAUCCACCCCCGCGAUCCUCGCCCGCUCACGCGACGUUGACGCGUUGACACGUAAACUCGUGUUCUCCACAGUCAUGGCGGGCAAGCUGAGCCACCCGCGACUGCUCACGAUUGCGCAGCGCGAAGAAGUCGUGAAGAACGGCUUGGGCGACCGUGAGCCCGGCGUGCGCAUGGCCGCCGCGAAGAUGGUCACCGGCUGGUUCGAGCGGGGCAUCAUGCACGCUUUCAUCCGCUUCCUCUGCCUCUUCGACGUCGUCGGGCUCGGCGAGGCCGUCGCGACGGACGCGGUGCUCUCCGUAUUGGUCACCAAGCCGCAAUACACCGAGGUCUUCAUCUUCGAGGAGCGCUACUGGCUCGACCUCACGCCCGAGUCCGCCGUGCUCGCGCGCAUCUUCAUCGAGGAGUGCGCAGCGAACGAGAAGGCAGACCUGAUGGAGUCGGCGAGCGUGCCCGUGGUGACCGCGUUCGCGUUCUUGCUGCAGGAGCGGUACAACGCGAUGCUGCAGCGGAUACAGGGGGCGGAGAUGGCGGCGGGGAGCGGGAUUAGCGAGGAGGAGGAGGAGGAGCUCGAGGAGGAGAUUGCGAAGGCGGAGGUUAUCUUAGCUGAGCUGUUGAGGAUCUCGAAGAAGCUGGACUACAUGGAUGAGAUUGGACGGCGGAAGGUGUUCUCGGUUGUCAAGGAUAUGCUUGCGCAUCCGCAAUUGCCGCCUGGUCUCAUCAACCACUGCUUGGACGUAAUGCUGGUCAUCAUGGACAGCGAGCGUGACCUCAUCCGCAUCGUCGUCGAGAUCGUCAUUGACCUCCGAGACGAGGACGGUGGCAUCGAAGGGGAUCCCAACUCGACGGUUAGUCUACUCAUGAGCCAAAGCGAGGGUGACACGACGACGCUGUCUGCCAUCCGGAGCCGCGACCGCUCUGUCAGACGGAAGGGUCGCGAUGAGAUGACAGUUGAGGAGCGCAUGCAGGCCGAUGUGACGGAUAUGCGAUGCUUGAUUCUGUGCAUCGGGAUGCUUGAGCGCAUCAAUGGGAGCUUUGAGGACAACUCCACGCUCGAGGGUAUCCUCGCGGACCUCAUCAUUCCCGCCGUCAAGCGCAAGGAGCUGGUCAUGAGAGAGAAAGGCUUGGUGGCAUUAGGGCUUUGCUGUCUUAUUGCCAAGAACAUGGCUGUCAACUCGUUCCAGCUCUUCCUUAGCCAGGUUCAGGCUGCACCAGAAGAGCUCAAGUUGAAGGUCCUCCAAAUCGUGCUCGAUAUCCUCAUCAUGUACGACCAGGAGUUCUUCGGCAAACCCAAUGAUAUCACCCCGCAAGUCAUCACCUAUCUCCUCCACACGCUUCAGAACGAAGACUCGCACCAAAUCCAGGCGACGCUCUGUAUCGGGUUGUCCAAGCUCCUCCUCGCCGGGCUCGUCUACGACGAGAAGGUCCUGACGAGCUUGCUGAUGGCCUACGUGUCGCCAGCGACGGCGGGCAACUUGGAGUUGAGGCAGUGCCUUUCGUACUUUUUCCCGGUCUACUGCUACUCGUCGGCGGAGAACCAGUUGAGGAUGCAGAAGGUCUUCAACAUGGCGUUCAACCUGAUUGCGAGGGCGUAUGAAGAGCUUGAGGGAGAGCAGGAUAUGGUGACGCCGCAGCAGUUUGGGAUGUUGUUCGUGCAUUGGACGGAUCCGGAGCAGUUGAUGGAGGGGUAUGUGGCUUCUUUGAGGCUUUCAGGCGUUAGGCUAACCAUUGUGUCUUGCGCAGUGCUAUUCAACAUACGACGACCAAGAACCCGCACGUUGAGCUUGCGCUGGACAUCAUCAUGA